CCCUGCCUGCCUUCCGGAGGGCCUUGGUGACAGAAGGGAGAAUCAAGUUACCAGGGACUGGGUGGGGAGCAGGCCUUGGGCCACUGCCUUCCACGCCACUCAGAAAAGGAUGCUGCUCAGGUCCCCAGUCCCUGCCACUUCCCUCCCUCCCCUGGGUCGUAGGGGGAGGAGAGGUGUGGAGGUCUAGCCUACAGGAGGACAACUUUGUUGUCUAAUAGGCACUGUUCUUCCUACUCUUGGUAUUUAAUCUCUCCCUAUGUAAACAGCUCUGGUUACCCCUGGUUACCUGUAAACACCCCACCCUACUCCCAGUGCCCUGGUAAAUUUAACUCUCCCAACUUGGCUAUAGAGCAGGAAAGGCUGUGUGUGUGUGUUUGAGUAUGUGAUAAGCCCUGACUGGAGACAACAGGCAGUGGGUUCCAAGACCACAGUGAAUUUGGGAAAUCCAUUACCAUCAUAUAACAAGAAUGUUACACCUGUGAAUCAUACUUGUAUCCUCUUACACUUCCCCCUAACAGAGGCUUGAAUCUUCACAAGGGGAAGGAAGGGAAAAGGACAAUGCUAUGUCUUUUUUUAAGGUGGGAACAGUCUCUGAAGGGCCUAUAACUUGUUAAAGUUGCAUGUGCAGCACCAGAUGAUAGGCAGGCUUGAUCCUUUCACAAGCCAUCACUGAUGGCUAGAUGAUCAUGGGGACACACCCAGUCAGGGGACCCACUCAGAGGCUGAGUCAGAUUUGUCAAUCUAGCCAAACCUGAGUCAGUGUGAGUGCAUGGGGUGGGGGGUUGCUGUGUUUUUGCCCCAAGGCCAGCUAGGGCCUGAAACAUAGUAGGAACUUAAAGCCGGAAGUUUAAGGGCAAAUGGUGCUCACUGUCAUUAUCCCAGGGCAGUGACAAGUGGUGACUGCUUCCCCACCAGCACCUGUCCCUGGGGUGAAUCCUGAGGUGGUGGGGGCUGGAGUGAGGGCCUUGCAAGUGCCAGAGCUCUUUCUGCCUCAGAAGGGCUUCAGAGAGGGGUCAUGGCUACCCCAAAGGUUCCUAAGAGACCCCACAUCAGUGUCUUGUUUUAGGUGCCAAGGCCAUCUGUGAAAGCUAGAGCUAGCCACCCCAGGCCCUUCCAGUAUGGUCCCACUAAAGGCAAUGGGUCCAGCCAGGUACAGCUUCCCGAGGCCCUAGUACAACCUGAGGACUUGGGGGAGCCCUCCAAGCAAAGCUCCAUCAAAGAUCAUGGGGUGAUGGGUCAAGGAAGGUGGUGGGUGAACCCUUACAUACUCUAGCUGGGACAAGUGAUGAGAGGGCCAGAGAGAAGGGGUGUGCUCCGGUGGUAGGAAGACACUGGGGGGCUACCGGAAGAUGAAAUUGCUCAGAAGACCCCGAAAGUCUGGUCCUGGUCCCCGGGCUCCCAUUCUGACCCACAUGCCAUGGUGCUUGACGUCAGGCUGGGCCCUGCUCGGCCUGUUUCUUAGCCUGUGAGCAGAGUUAGGCCUAGCUCCUGGCUUCAAACCUGCCCUUCCCUCACCUUCCCGUCAGCCCAAGACUGGAGAGCCAUCCUAGGCCUCGGGCCCGCGCCAGAGGGGAACGUUGGAAAAGUAAAGCCCAGGACCCAAGGCCGUCCUGUGGGCGACGCCACUGAUUCGCCAUCGACCGCAGCCGCGGCCGCUUUAAGGCGCGGUGACCCCACGACAUCCGCGGGCGGGGCGGGGACAAUGCGGGCAGCCGCAGCACCCGCGGAGGCAAACGUGAGGGAGGUAGUGCGCGGCGCCCAGCCCCGCCAUGCUGACCGCGCUCGCCCGGCCAGCCCGGCCUGGGCUCCCGGGGCAGCCGCCUGCGGCCCCCGCCCGGCGUCAGGACUCCUCUGGCUCGUCAGGCUCCUACCACACGGCUCCGGGUUCUCCAGGGCCCCCGGACGUUGGGCCGGACGCAGAGUGCCGGGCGCAUUGGCCCGGGGUGGCCCCUGCGCUGGGGGCGGGCGCGCAGCCUCGCCUGUCCGUCAGCGCCCAGAAUAGCCGCCAGCAGCCCGGGCCCGGCUCGGGUUUCCCGCGAGGCCGGGGCUCCAGCCCGCGGCCGCCCCAGCCGCAGCUGCGCAUGCUGCCGUCGGGGGAGAUGGAAGUCAUCUUCGGCGCAGGGGCCCCGUUCCGCCGCUCCGACGCGGCGGAUAGCGAGGUGCAGCAACUCACCGCCCGCGCUUUCCGCAGCCUCUCUCCGCCCGGGCCCGCGACUCCGGCUCCCGCGACACCGACGCCCCAGGCCCCCGACGGUGGCUCCCGCUGGGCCACUUACCUAGAGGUACGGCCCCGCGGGCCGAGUCCUGGGACCCCAGCGCAGUUCGAGUGUGUGGAGGUGGCGCUGGAGGAGCGUGAGGCUCCCGCCAGGUCCCGCACGGUGCCCAAGCGUCAGAUCGAGCUGCGCCCCCGGCCCCAGAGUCCGCCGCGGGAGGCGGGAGCACCACCGCGCCCCCGGCUGCUCCUGCGCACUGGCUCCCUGGACGAGUCGCUGGGCCGCCUGCAGGAAGCCGCUGGCCUGGUGCAGACAGCACUGGCCAGAAAACUGAGCCCUGCAGCCCCUGCCCCAAGCAGCGCCACCUUCGGGCCCACGGGGCAGCCAGAGUGUGCGAGCCGAGAAACGGCCCGCAGUACCCGAAAGGUCCCGGAGGAGGCCAGGUCUCGGCCACCGCGCGUGCACUAUGGUUCAGCACCCACCAAGGCACCGCGGCCGUGGCCCAGCCUCCGAGAGCGCGCGAUUCGGCGCGACAAGCCCGCGCCGGGCACCGAGCCGCUGGGUCCGGUUAGUUCCAGCAUCUUCCUGCAGUCAGGGGAGAAGACUCGGGAGGCACAAAGUCAGGAACUUAAGACUCGGUCCCCGCGACAGACUCCGGAUCGAGCCAUUCUGAGAGCACAGAGUCCGCCUUUCGAGUCGAGGGGCCCUCGGGAAGUUCCGAGUAAGGCUGGGAGGCCAUGGAGCUCGUCCCCGCUGUGGCAGGCUCCAAAUGGGACCGUACGGGGUCCUCACUGCCCGUCCCCCCAGAAUCCGCCCCCGUGGAAUCGGGCUAUUCGGAGGGUAAGUAGCCCGUCGUUCCCUGAAGCAUCCCGUGCAUGGGGAAAUCGGGAUCCCGCUGUCGAGGAAACUGUCAGCAGAAGAAGCCCCUCCCCACCGACUGUUUCCCCGUGGAAUCAGGGUGUCGCCAGGACAAGAAGCCCAUCCCCUGAAGCUCCUUCCCUGUGGGAGGUUCCUCAACAGGCAGUUGGGAAUACCGCAGAGGGCAGUAGGAGCGCGUAUCCACCGGCCUUGUCCUCAUGGGAGGCUCCAGAUCGUGCUAAUGGGACGUGGCAUCCAUCUCCCCAAGACACGUGGGGUCCCACACCACAGGGCUCAUCCAUAGUAUCUACGUCUAAAGCUCUGAAUGGGAUAGGAAUGGAAGAGCUGGGGCGGCCUAGGCCGCCCACACCUGGGACUCCGGAACUCACGGAGGCGCAAGGUCAGUCCUCGCGGGAGGUGCAGGAUCUCGCCUUCCGAGGCAGUCAGCCGUCGCCAGAAGCGGCCGCGCCUGAGCUAACCCUCAGUCGCCUUGUGGGCCCUGUGGAUGCCGAUGUGCCCCGGGAAGCCCUGGGCCUUGGAGAGGCCGCCUCGGGACGGCCUCGCGUGGCCCUCCCGCGGCCCCGCGACGUACGCAAGAUGGUGAAGACCACGUACGCGCCAAGCUUCCCCGCGGGAACCGCAGCUUUGCGGCUGCCUGCGCCCCCUGUGGAACCCGGCGCGGAGGAGGGCGGCGCGUCCGGGACCGAAGCGUUGCCCGCGCUGGCGUCGCCAGCCCCAGCUCACUACACUUCGGUUUACCUCAAAGACUUUCUUCCGGUCGUGACGCACCCCUACGAGCCCCCAGAGCCGUCCCCUGACGCGGUGCCCCGGGACGCCCCGCGGCCCAACGGGGCCCUGAGGCGGAGAGCGGAGAACAGCACGGCCAAACCCUUCGCACGCACGGAGAUCCGCCUGCCUGCGGCCCUGGCCGUGGGCCGCCGGCCCGAGGGAGCGGGGGCAGUUGUGCGCGGUGCUGGCGGGGAGAGCCGCGAGGCUGAGGCGCGGCGCCUGGUCCCCGACGGCGAGGGGCGGACCAGCCCCUUAGGCGGCGCGCGCGCGUCACCCCAGCCGCCGCCCACGGGCCCGGGAGGGGCCCAGCCACCCCGACCACCGUGCCCCCGCUCGCCUCAGGCGCACCCCAGCUCGAGCGCCGGGACAGCACCCGAAGUGGAGACGUCUCCUGCAGCUCCCGAGCCGGCGACUGCGAUCCAGUCGUCUCUCCUGCGGGAGUCCCAGGCGUCGGCCGGCAGAACCGGCCCGCCCCAACCCCGCGCUGCCUCAGCGCCUCCGACGGACCGGCCCCUCGAAGGCCCCCUCCACGGGGCACGCAGGCCCCCAGGGACUGCGUACCCGGGGAAGGUCCUGGUGGACCCCGAGAGCGGCCGUUGCUACUUUGUGGAGGCGCCGCGGCAGCCUCGGCUACGGCUACUCUUCGACCCCGAAAGCGGGCAAUACGUAGAGGUGCUGCUGCCGCCAUCGCCCCAGGUGCCACCACGCCGCGUCUACACCCCGCUGGCCCUGGGCUCUGGCCUCUACCCGCCCGCCUAUGGGCCUCUCCCGGGCCUCUCAGUGCCACCGUCCCUGGCCCCAGCGGGCUUCAGCGGCCCCCAGGUACCCUGGGCCUCCGACGCGGGGCCCCUGGACGGGAUGUACUACCUGCCAGUGAGUGGAACCCCCAGCCCCGCUCCCCCUCUGCUCCUCUGUGCUCCGCCCAACAGUUCGAGUUCAGCCCAGCCCGGCAAGGGGUCCUUGUUCUCAGUGUGAGGCCCCAGGGCCUAUCCUGGGUGUUGGGGCCUGUUUGAUAGCCUUGGGGGUUCUGGCAUCUAGUCCCCUGCCCGGUUCCUUCUAUCACCUCUUUCUUUUACCCAGCCCACCCAGUCUUCACACUGGAAGUUACCUUCAGAGGAUAUAUCUGAGACUUUGGGACUGAUGGAGCUGAAACUCAGAAAGUGGCUGCCUACUUUCUCCCCCAACAAAAUUGUAUACUCCUUUCCCAGGCAUCCCCAGAGUGUGGUGUGUUUGUGUGUUUGUGAGGAGUCUCUGGAGUUGUUCCUAGGAACUGACUUGAGGGGGUGUUGGAGUUCAGGAGGAGCAACAAGGAAUAGGAUCAGCAGAGGGCGGAUGUGUCCCUCCCUGAAGGUGGAUCCAGCUGCGGUGGAGUAGGCUAGUGGGCGCUGGUGCAAUGGAGGGAGGACUGUGGCUAGCAGCUCUGUUGUUCUUUGGAAGAGGAUCUGAGCCUUGGCCUGGGAGGUCAUGUGGGAAAGGCUAGUGCAGCCCCUGGGUCAGGCUGGAUCUGAGGAAGGGAGCUGUGGGGACGGCAGGUGGAGGUGGAGCAGGGAAGUUAUAUGGAAGGGGCUAUGGAGGGUCAGCCUGGAGAUGGGGAUUGGGUAGGGAGGCAGCUAUAGUCUCCAGCUGGGAGCCCCACUUCUCAUCCUCUCCUCAACCUCAGCAUCUGACUUGGCUUCUCAAAGCCAUCAGAGCUGAGCUGGCUCAUCCUGGGGCCAGGAGUGGAGGUUUAAGCCAUUCCCACCCAAGUUGGGGGCCAGAUGCAGUGACUCAUCAGAAAGGACUUGCAAACAGGGAGGAUGUUUCAGCCUCUUGACCCCUCUGGGAGUAGUGGAGGGUGGGUUAGGGCUGCCAGUAAAAGGGAUGCCAUGGGGUGGGGAGCAAGGCAGGGAGACUUGGAGCCCUCUGCUGAUUGCACUCCCUCAGUAACAGAUGUGGCAACCAUGCCCAGAGAGGGCCUGGCUCGGCAGACUGGUCAAAGCAAGGAGGGAACAGGACCCAGAGCCUGUGUGCUAAUUGCCUUGAGAUAGCAGGAGCGUCUGAGGAGGGCUGAGAGAGAUGCAUGGGGUAGGACAUGUGAGUCUGUGUGUAGUUCUGAGCUUGAAGUGGCGGGGCUUUGUUGACUGAUAUGUGAUGAGUCUGGGGAAGAACAGUUCCCAUUAGGAGCAGUUGUUAGGGAUGGAGAUUGAUGCCUUACUUAAAUUCCAGGCCCCUAGGCGGUCUGGGUCCCUUGAAGUCCCAGACUCCCUGCCUUCGGCUGAAAGUUGACUGGGAGAGCUAUGAGUCAGAAUAACCUGAACAACUUCUCAUGGCCAGGGAUGCGGGUUCUGAUGGCAUGGAAGGCCCUGGUCCCCUCACCUCAUCCUGGUGUGCAAUAAAUCACUGAUCCAAUGAGCCACGAUGCUUGGAACAACUGG